GGAGACUAAGUGACAGGGCGUAGACUCAUUUGCCGCCUUUCAGAAAAGAAAACACGGUUUCUUUACGCAACCCCAAACCCAAAGUCUCCUCCUUUUUUAUUUUAAAUCCCGUGAUUCCCUGCUUCGCAUCUUAUUUUCCUUCUCUGUUCUACGUCCACGAAAAUGGACUCGCCGAUCAGCCGUCUCCCCGAGGACACUCUUCAUCAGAUCUUCUCUUCCCUCUCGCUUCGAGAAAUCAUGAUCUGCCGCUCCGUUUGCAAGCUCUUUAACCAAACCCUGACCUCACCGUCUUUCGUGCGCCUCAUCUCCAGCGUAUCCCAUCUCAAGCUCCUCGUUCUCCGCCCCCCAUACCACCACCAUAAUCAUCACAUCCGCCACUUGUCACUCCAUUCCUGCAUCCACGUCUACGAUCCCGAUCAGAACCAAUGGCUUCGAUUCAGUCUCGAUUUCCUUCCCUUCCGAUCUCCUCACCCCGUCGCGUCUUCGCUCGGUCUGGUUUACCUCUGGGCUGAUUCAAUCGACUCCAACAAGUCGCUCAUCGUGUGUAACCCCUUGACUCGUCAGUACAGAGUCCUCCCCCAGCUCGGCUCUGCUUGGUCACGCCAUGGCUCGGUGCUAGUUGACUCAAGGAACCGAGUCAUGGUCUUAACAGAACUCGCUGCUCUUUACUUCUCUUUUUCUCAGAAAACCCAGCAAUGGCUUAAAUUCUCUUCGAAUUUGCCUUCAAAACCUCGAAGCCCAAUCGUGAUUUCCAACUCCGUUUUCGCCCUAUGCGACGUGGGAUCUCCGUGGAGAAGUAAGUGGAAAUUAUUCUCUUGCGCUGUCAAAAAUUUGUUAAAUUUAAAUUUAAAUGUGAUGAACGAUAACUGGGAAUGUUUAGAAAGGCAUGAAUGGGGGGAUAUUUUCGAUAUAAUGAAAAGACCGUGUUUAAUACCUGGUAACGGGAACAAGAUCUUGAUGGUUGGCGGUUUAAAAUCGAGUUAUUCCUUUAACCAAUCUUGUUUGACGAUAUUGAUAUUGAGAUUGGAUCUGGAAACAAUGGAGUGGGAAGAGGCAACAAGGAUGCCGGAGGCGAUGCACCGGUGGUUUCAUGAUAGUAAAUUUAAGGUGUUUGGAGGAGGGGAUAGGAUUUGCUUUUCCGGGAAGAAAGUUGGGAGGCUGGCACUUUGGGAUUGCUGCAACUGGCGCUGGAUUGAUGGGGUGCCCGGAAAUGGGGAUGAGCUUUUCCGGGGAUUUACCUAUGAAGCUCGGCUUACCACAGUUCCUUAAAUUGAUGCUCAGCAUGUUCUUACGUUGUUUACUACUUUGAAUCGUUGUUGUAUUUCAAUUGAAUCACUGCGAAUGUCAGUGGGUUGAGAGGGUAUGCCCGGAAACGGGGGCAAACUUUUCUGGGGAUUUACUGUUUGAGUUCGGUUACUGUGGUUCCUUAAAUAUGCACGGUAUGUUCUUCCAAUGUUUGCUACUUUGAAUCAUUGUCGUUUUUCGUUUAUGUUGUUCUCCUGAAAUUAAUGAUUCAGGGUACUGCAAAAACACUGUAACCUAUUGUCGAAACCUCACGGAUUCAAGAGCCAAAAGUGGGAUAUGUUCAAUUUGUUCUUAGACAAUGCAACUUGUUAAUUAAGAUGAAAACAAAUCCCCAAGAAUUUUACAUUUCUUCUAUUACUAUUUUCAAUGCUUGAUUUAGACCUUGAGUGUUUUUUUAAUAUGAAAUUAAUGGAAGAAAGCGAGGCUUACGAGAUC